AUGAUAAGGCUGCGUCUGCGCGGACCUGGCGGUCUCAAGAACGUCGCGUUUGAGAGCUCUGCCACCGCCGCAGCCCUCCUCGCAGAGGCGUCACAGGUCGCACAAAGCGAGAACGGCAAUAUUGUGAUUCUCGCCGGCUUCCCGCCGGCAGAGCUGAAGCUGGACGAAGCCGACACGCGCCCGCUCAGCGCGCUGGUGCAGACCGGAGACACGCUAACCGUCAAGCCAGCUACAACGGCACCACCUACAACGGCACCGCCUGCCACGGCACCGCCUGCCACGGCACCGCCUGCCACGGCACCGCCUGCCACGGCACCGCCUGCCACGGCGCCGCCUGCCACGGCGCCGCCUGCCACGGCGCCGCCUGCCACGGCGCCGCCUGCAUUGGCUUCGACGCCGGCGCCAGCGCCAGUAGCACCAGCACCAGCGCCGCCGCCGAGCGACGACGACCCGGAGCUCGCCCUCGCCCUCGCGCUCUCGCGUGGCGAAGUCGGCGCUCCCGCCGCUCCGGCGGCGGCCGUGGCGGCCCCUGCCCCGCCCGCCGACGGCGAGGACGCGGUGGUCCGCCGCGUGAUCCCGGCAAACAACUCGUGCCUCUUUGCCGCCCUCGCCUACGCGCUCGAGGGCGGCGCCGCGUCGGCGCAGGCCAAGGCGCCGCAGCUGCGAGAGCUGGUCGCGGCGGCGGUGCGGGACGGGAGCGCGGCGGGGGACGACCGCUACAGCGAGGUGAUGCUUGGCCGGCCGCCCGACGAGUACGCGGCGUGGAUCCUGGACGCGGAGCACUGGGGCGGCGCGACGGAGCUCGACAUCCUCAGCCGGCACUAUGCGACCGAGCUGUGCGCGAUCGACGUGAUGAGCGGGCGCGUCGACUGCUUUGGACAAGGGGCGGGCCACGCGCAGCGCGCAAUGCUGCUGUACGACGGCAUCCACUACGACCUCCUCGUGCGGACGCUCUUCGACGGCGCGCCGGAGGAGCUCGACGUGACCCUCUUCCGGCCGGACGACGCGCGCGCGCUCGAGCAGGUCAAGCUGGUCGCGGCGGAGGCGCGCCGCAACCGCACAUUCACCGACACCGCCUCCUUCACGCUGCGCUGCCUCGUCUGCCAGCGCGGGCUAAAGGGGCAGGCGGAGGCGGUGGAGCAUGCCCAGGCGACCGGCCACGCCAACUUCUCGGAGUACCGCUGA